ACUCCAAGCCGCCAAUUGGUUUCGCUGAGAUCCUCGUGAAGAAACCUGGUGAUGAACCCACAGCCACCUGUGAUGGAACGACGACAAAUUAUACACGUUGAUGCGGUCGAAAAUGCGAGGCGAGACAACAGCCCGAGGCGUACAGCACAAAAGGCUGGCCCGAAGAAGCCGGGGCCCCCCACCCUCCAGUUCAUCAACACCGUCCACCCAAGCGAUGGUGUCACUCCCCGGAGCCUGACAUUGAUCAGAUCGCACGUGGCAAAACAUGGUCGUGCUCUUCAACGAGAACGAAAACAGCAGACACAGCCCGUUCCGCUGCUCCCGACGCAGCCCAUGACGGUGGAACUUCGCUCUGGACCUCCCCAAAUAGCCAAUCGUGGGCAACAGCAGCAAGAGGAUAAAGGACCCCAAGAGCACAAGUAUGAGCAGGUGGUACCACGCCCACACGACCAGAGCAAUAGGUUACGUUUGCGAAAAAAUAACUCAAAUAUCGAGCCGCGCAAGCUUGCCCCCAAAAACACGACCGACGGCACCACGGCAUUAGCCGCUCCCAACAAAGAGGAAGUGACCCUCGCUCGAGAAUGGGUUCCUAAUCCCAUACAGCUGAUAGGAGGCGCUCGGGGAGACGCUCAUCAAGGAUUCGCGAGGGCUCUCUCGAACAAUGAACAAUAUCUCUUCGACUUUUACUUUGACUAUGUCAUCAUGUACGGGUAUAAGGCUUGCCAUCACAAGGAAGAUGAUGCCGUUUUUGCUGCCGCCAUGAGGACUAUCUGGGUCCCCUUCGCCAUGACUGAGCCUAGCCUAAUGGCCGCAAUAUUCCAUGUGGCCUGCCGGAACUACGCCAGCAUCACUGAUAACACCAACACAGCCAAAUUCACGCUUCAAAAGCUGCAGUACCGCCAAAUGUGCCUCAACAUGGCAAUGCAAGCAAUCACCUCCCAGGACAUGGCUAGCGAUGCGACUAUUUCGCUAGCUCUGCUCAUGGCGACAGAAGCGUACUUCGAAGGGGAUGUUGAGGCUUUCUAUGCGCAUGGUAAAGGAAUCACCAAGAUGGUCAAGGCCCGAGGGGGUCUCAAGUCAUUAGGGCUGUCCGGGUUCCUGAGGAAACUUGUGGGAUGGUCACUAUACAAUCCAAGUAAUUAUAUAGUACUGGGUCCGGAAGAGCAGGAAUGA